UAAUUUAGACCAGUGAAUGUUACAUUAGAUAAUUCUGUAUAUCUUUUGAAUCUUUUAGAGAAUUUGAGUUCUGGUGUGAUGGAUAUUAGAUUGGAAAGCAGGUAGAGAUCUAGAUAGAUAGAUAGAUUUAUCUAACCCUGCACACUGUACACACUACCGGAGUUUAAUAACCUAAACCCAAUUCUAACAGAUUGAUUGCACAUUGAAUCCAGGCUAACUCAGUCCUCAUCAUCAUGUCGUUGGCGGAGUUAGAGGAUGAGGUUCUUAAUAGUUUAGAGAACUCUUGGUUUGGGUUCAAUGGCUCCGAAACCGGAGGAGAGAGUACGACGGAAUUGUUUGCAGACGACGAGUUUUUCCAUCCCACUGUCAUACAUGACAGCGAAGUUUGUAAGUGGGUUCUUCACACCUCCAUUCCUAAUCUCAACGUGAAAUUGUGGGAUUUUCUCUUGUUUAUCCCUAGCUCAGUUUUUCUCUCAGUCCUGAUUCUAGGACUGCAGAAGACAACCCAAAGAUUACGAGGUCUGAACAACUACUGCUCCGUGGGUACGCUCUACCUACUGAUAGUUCUCUGUGUGAGUAUCAGUAUGAUGAGAACUAUCCUAAACACGGUUCUACAGGCUGAGACACAAAGUUCUAACUCUGAGAAAGUUCUUUGGGUUCUAACCAGGUUGAUAUAUCUAAGUACGGAACUAAGUAUUCUGGGCAUUGGAUUGACAUUCGACUGCAUAGGAAAGAAAGGAGUUCAACGGAUGGUUCUCGUGUCAUUUCUACUCUCCUCCUGCUUGUGUGGAAUUGAACUACAUCUGGAGUUAAACAAGCCAUUCUAUGGCAGUAAGGUGAUCCGGAACGGGUUUGAUCUCUACGGUCACGGUGGUCCGCAAUUCUGGACUCUUCUCUCUGGAUCAAUUUCUCUUCUUUAUCUUGUGGCACUCUGCAUUCCGUUUCUACCGUUGAAAUCUCUUUUCACCACUAGAUCCACAGUGUUCUAUGUUUACGCAGGGAUUCAGCUACUUCUCAAUAUACUUACUGGGGUAGGGGCACUUCUUCUCUCCCUAAAUCAUCAUUCAGGAUUGUGUUUAACAGACCUGACAACCUACAUCUACUAUAGUUUCCUACCCACUGUUGCAUAUAUCUGUUUUGUUCGUCCAAGUCUGAAAAUGUCAAGACCCAACCUGCUUUUCUCCUACACUUCACAGAUUGAUGAGAACCAAGAUGAUUCAGCUCUCUCCUACAGUGGAUCCAUUCAGUCGAUCCUUCGUGGAACCUCAGCAACCAUCCUCGAUCAUUAAACCUGGGUCCCUAGACUCAACCCUCUUCUCAGCAGGGAUCCAGAGCCCAGAUACUGAUGACAGAGAUCUUCUUAUUAAGUAACUCUCGGGGGAUCAGAAAACUGUUUAAAUUUCUAAUCUUAAGAAUUAAUCAAUAACCUCAACAUAAAUCUCAGGCCUAUAAAACAGACAGAAAAUUAUCAAUCUUGAUUUGUAAAACUGUAAA